UUACUUAGUCGAUGAAAUGUCUUUCAACGACAUUCAAAUUAUUUUUACCGUGAGUCGUGGUCCUCUACUCCUGGCACCAGUUUGGCCACCUUAUAAGAAUUCCACAUUGAAAAAUAUAAUUUGGAUUACAAAUAAAAACUGAUGACUCAACUAACAUGACGGUUCCUCGGAGUUACUGCCGUCUAUGAAUAAAUAAAAACAAUAGGUUUUUUACCUAUCCAAAAGCCUCACCCAAUUUACGUUUCAAAAUUGGUAAAUCGAUAAUCAUUUGCUUUAACGAAAAAACGAAAAAAAAAACACUCCAAUCAAAAAUGCCAAUUGGAAGUAUUAUCAAAAAAGCAUCCAACUUUAUACUAGGCGAUGAGAGGUGUCAUGAAAAAAUCGAUAUUGCUUACGAAGACAACGAAAUACUUUUCUGCAAAAACAAUGUCUGCAUUCAUCCACCGACCGUGGCCCGCCAGGAAUCAGAUAUACUUCACUAUCCUGGCUACCUGACCUGCACUACCAAAACAUUUAUCGACCAGUACAACAGUGCCAAGAGGCCAACGCUGUUGCUCACCUGGAUCCCGAACACUUCGCUCUGCAAGUGCAAUUCGACCACCAACGAGGGGGACCCUUUGAGCAGUCUGCAUCAUGGCACGCUACCUACCAACGGACACUUCUCGCCCACUGCUCAAGUGGCGGUGCCCGCUCCAAAGGUCGCUGACGAACAGGCAGAGCAUGAGAUAGGCGAGGAGAAUGCGGCUGAGAUGCAGGAAUUGAAGAAUGAACUGCAGCCGCUGCUCGGAGGACAAACGGCAUCUAUUGGAGAUCUGACUGCCUUGCUCAAAAAAAAUCCAAUUACAUCCGUAAACAUAACCAUUUCGAAUCCACAAAUUGAGAACAGCAACAUCUCCCAGUCCUACAACUGCAUCAUUCCAACUUCGUCGCCGGAUAACGAGGGCGGUCAUUCAUCUGCAAUCGCUCGGGCGAAUCAGCCGGCACAACAAAUUAAUUCGGAUGGUUCGGUGUCGGAUGAAAACAAUCCUAAUUGGAUGACGCCCGAGCUGUUGGCAUUCAAGCAUAAUCUGGUAUUCCCGGAGAGUGCCAACGCUACGCCCACUGUCCGUCGUAAAGCAGUGAUUAGAGGCCGCAGGUUUUCCGUCGAUCUCAGCCAGAUGCGUUCGUUGCGUUUGUUUUUCAACGACGACAAAUGUACAUCUGGCCAGCUGGUAAUAGCUUCUAGAGAAUCACAGUAUAAAAUUCUGCAUUUCCACUACGGUGGCUUGGAUCACCUGGCUCAGGUGUUGCAUCAGUGGCAUUGCUUUCUACACAACAUUACCUUGGCUCCGGGACAGGAGAAAAUGAAUUUGCCCUAUCGACACUUCAUGGUCUGUCGUCCGGAAGUAAAACAAUCAGAGAUGCACCCGGAUGAGGGCAAUGUGAAGAGAAUCACCACAAAUUUCUUUUAUGGCACAUUACUAAACGAAAAGGGACAAAUCGACGAUGAUUUGCUGCUGCGCAAGUGCGUCUUCUUCGGUGGCCUCGAGAAGAGUCUGCGCAAAACCGUGUGGCCCUUCAUCUUGAAAUGCUAUUCAUUCUCAUCCACCUUUGAGGAUCGGGCCGUCUUGAUGGAUAUCAAAAGACAGGAGUACGACGAAAUAACGCGGAAGCGUUUAUACUCCAUGUCACCGGAGCAGCAAGCUCAAUUCUGGAGAACCGUGCAGUGCGUCGUCGAAAAGGAUGUUGUGCGUACGGAUCGUACGAAUCCGUUUUUCUGCGGCGAGGACAAUCCCAAUACAGAGAUGAUGAAAAACAUUUUGCUCAACUUUGCCGUCUACAACACGAGUAUCUCCUACUCGCAGGGCAUGAGUGAUCUCUUGGCUCCCGUUUUGUGUGAGGUGCAGAAUGAAUCGGAAACUUUCUGGUGCUUCGUCGGCUUGAUGCAGCGUGCCUUCUUUGUGUGCACGCCCACGGACAACGAUGUAGAUCACAAUUUAAGCUAUUUACGCGAAUUGAUCCGGCUCAUGCUGCCGCGCUUCUAUGAGCACCUGCAACGGCACAAUGAAGCAAUGGAGCUACUGUUCUGCCAUCGCUGGCUACUGCUCUGCUUCAAGCGGGAAUUCACGGAAGCCGUCGUCAUACGCAUGUGGGAGGCUUGCUGGUCAAACUAUCUCACUGACUAUUUCCAUUUAUUUCUCUGCCUGGCCAUCAUCGCUGUCUAUGCCGAUGAUGUGAUUGCUCAGAACUUGCGCGCAGAUGAGAUGCUGCUGCACUUUAGCUCCUUGGCCAUGUAUAUGGAUGGCCAAUUGAUUUUGCGUAAAGCGCGCGGACUGCUCUACCAGUACAGGCAGCUACCAAAGAUUCCGUGCACGCUGAGUGGCUUGUGCAAGCGUUGCGGUCCGGGCAUGUGGGACUCGGAGCAUCGUCCGGCAUUGGAAUGCGUCGGUCAUACGGAUAACGAGAAGUGCUCCCUAGGCAUUGAUUAAUGGAUGGAUGUGGCUUUUACUAUUGUAUAUCGAGUUACCCAAAUUAUUUACACAAUAUAUUACCAUUAUGUGUUAUGAUUGAAAGCUUUCAAGCAAGUGCUUCUAAAUAUACCAAAUUACAUUA